UCAUUCCUUGGAAGAGGCAUUCUGCCAGGUGUUUGGAAUACAAAAAAAUGGGAGUUACUCCAUUUCUGCCUUCAAGGAUCAUGAUUAUAAAGCUAAGAGCUAUUAGGCACUGUUGAAAGUUCUUAUCACAGCUUGUUUCCCCAAAGCCCUAUAAAGUAGGCGCUGUUGUGUUUCCACUUAUGGAUGAGAAAUUGAGACACAGGGAGGUGUAUCCAGAUUGUAUAGAGGUUGCUGCUACUCAGUGGGGAGCUUAGCAAUUUGGUUCCAGAGUCCAAGUUCUUAACUGCAUUCUGUCAUUACCUAGGGCAAGUUAGUCACCCACAAGGGCACUUGCAGUCCAUUGUGAUAAGAGCUUGAAGUUACACGUAGAUUACUGGAAAGCAAGAAAUGGGUGCCUAGCUCUGAGCAGGGGAGUGAGGAAAGACUUCACAGAGAAGUUGACCCCAGAGUUGGAAUGGGAGGUACAAAGAGACCUGCAUGUGCAGAGAAAGGGCUAUGAAACAGCAUGUUGAAUUAGCAGAAUAUUAAGCAUUUUAUUUAGAAUAUGUAUGUGAGAAUGUAAGGAUAAUUGUGUUACUUGGAGAGGUGGGAACCAAUAAAUGAUGUGCCUUGUCAUGUGUAACAGCAAACUGGCUAACUUAGGCACAAAGAGGAAUUUAUUGGCUCAGAGAAGCCAAAGCGAGAGUUGAACAGAAAGGUAAAGAUGCCAACAGGGCCUUAGGAAGCUGAACCAGAAAUUCAAACUGCCAAGACCAUCCAUUUCUUAUUGCUGACUCGACAGCCUUCCCUACUUGGCAGGAAUCAUGGAUGUUGACAGCUUUUGCGUUUUGACAUCUUGCAGCUUCCUCCACCUUAAAAUCCCUGAAGAAGGCUCUGAUUCACCCAGCUUGGGCCAGGCAUCAGCUCGCAGGGAAGGGUAUCGUUUUGCAGGGAGUGGCUGUCAGGGACUUCCCAGAAGAAAUCAUGCUUCUGAAAGAAGUACAGGUGCUGAGCCAACAAAGUAAUAUGCUCACUAUCCGUGCUUCAGUCAGUGGGCAGCCAUUGGAUUAUCUUGAGUGCCAGUUCCAGCCAAUCUGACCUUUGAGGCCUAUAACUUGAAUGCUGUUCUACUCUGGGAUUACCCGAUCAUGCCAUGGACCCCUGUGUUUACUGUACAGGUGAAGGCCUAUGAGGACCCAGUAUGGAUUGAUGCCUGCAAUACCUCUCUUCAUUCUUGUGAUAUCUUUUCCUUAAUUAAUGAUCCAUCAGGUUCUCUCUGGGCUAGAGUUAAAGCUAGGCUUGGACAAAAAGAAUCAGCUUAUGCAGAGUCAAAAGAGUUUAUUUUAUGCAGACACGGGAAAAUUGGACCACCUAAACUGGAUAUCAGAAAGAAGGAAGACCAAAUCAUUGUUGAUAUAUUUCACCCUUUCAUUACUGAAAAUGGAAAUGAACCAGAACUCGUGUAUGAUGAUGAAAAUUCUUGUUACACAUUCAUAUACAAUGUGUUUGUGAGGAUAAAUGGAAGUGAAGCCACAGAUAAAACAUACAUGAAGAAGAUAGAUGACUGUAAUGAGACUCCAUGCUUCUUAAGUAUUCAGGUGUCCUCACUGAAUUCUGAGUACUGUGUUUCAGCAGAAGGAGUUUCAGAUUUGUGGGCUGUUAAAACUGAGAAGUCCAAAGAACUCUGUAUUACCAUUUUUGAUGAGAAGAGCACACAAAAUCCUGUUUGGAUUCCGAUUGUUGCUGUUGUACUGCUCUUUCUGAUACUUACCCCGGUAGUUGUGUUUUGUCUCAUCAAGAAGGUGAAUCCACUUAAGAAAGAAAACAUCAUGUUACCCAAAUCCUUGCUGUCUGUGGUAAAAAAUGGCUCUUUAGAGACAAAACCUGAGCCAAAAUAUAUAUCACCCAUCAUCUACCAACCAAUUGCCCUAGAAAACGAGCAGUUGUCUCCAGGGACAAUUUCAAGCGUGCUUACUGAAGACAAUCCAGGAAAAGCGGAACACGGAGAUCUUUCUAGUGAAACGGAAGUGGUGACCACUGAAGAAAAUAUUUCUGACUUGUUCCCUAGUAGCCCUGUGACCUCAGUAGAGACAGAGAAUUCUGUCCACUCAAGCAGUAACCAGUCUGAACCCUGCAGCAUCACUUUAAAUGCCUAUCACUCCAGAAAUGGUUCUGAUGGUGGCCUUGUGAUACUGAACAACUGCUGUGACUCCGAAAGUAAUAAAACUGAAAUAAAGACAGAAGGGCAAGAGCCCGUAACACUGAGAAACACUACCACCUCCUUUGGUUAUGAUAAACCACAUGUGUUAGUGGAUCUGCUUGUGGACGAAGGUGCUAAAGAGUCCUUGAUUGGUUACAGACCUACAGCGGAUUCCAAAGAGUUUUCAUAAGAUCAACCAAGAUGCACCAGCUUGUACAACGUGCUUUUCCCACGUAAUUUUCUCGCUUUGAAAAUUGUGUCUUGUUGGUAUCAACCAAGUGGAGUAUCAUGGUUUAGAUAAAUGUAUAAAAAGAGGCUGUUUGAAACUGUCAGAGUUGGUCUGAAGACUGCAGAGACUCUGUAAAAAAACAAAAAACAAAAACAAACAAACAAGGUCACAUAGGAACCUUUCCAUCUAAAUGUGUUAACCGUGCCAGUGAAUGCUCUCUAAUAACUCUGCUUCCUGUGAUAGAAGAUGAUACCCCCAGGAUCUUUUCUAACCACUUCUAGAGAUUAAAUGGAUUUUUUUCUGUGCCUCAUAGUGGUAUUUGCUUUUGGUAGUUUAUGUAUAUAGGCUUUCAGAAGUAACCUGAAUGCUUUUGAAAAUUGUACUUAAAAUUUAAUU